AUGACCAGUCCAAAAUUCAGAGAGGAGAUGGAGGAGUUUUUAUUCUCCAAUGGCUACCAGCUGGGCAAGACCAUUGGGGAGGGGACGUACUCAAAUGAAAGAGGCCUUCUCAAAAAGCACCAGCAGAAAGUGGCAGUUAAAAUUAUUGAUAAGAUGCGGGGCCCGGAAGAAUUUAUCCAGAGAUUCCUCCCUCGAGAGCUCCAGAUCGUCAGACGCUUGGAUCACAAGAACAUCAUCCGGGUGUACGAGAUGCUGGAGUCUGCUGAUGGGAAGAUCUACUUGGUGAUGGAGCUGGCAGAAGACGGGGACGUUUUUGACUGCGUUCUGCAUGGAGGUCCUUUGCCUGAGAGCCGUGCCAAGGUGCUCUUCCGCCAGCUGGUAGACGCAAUCCGCUACUGCCACAGUUGUGGCGUGGCGCACCGGGACCUAAAGUGUGAGAAUGCCUUGCUGCAAGGCUUUAACUUGAAGCUGACGGACUUUGGAUUUGCAAAGUUGCUCCCAAAGAAUCGCAAGGAGCUGAGCCAGACAUUCUGCGGCAGCACUGCCUACGCUGCACCAGAGGUGCUCCAGGGCGUGCCCCACGACAGUCGGAAAGGGGACAUCUGGAGCAUGGGCGUUAUUCUCUAUGUUAUGCUGUGCGCUAGCCUCCCCUUUGACGACACAGACAUCCCCAAGAUGCUGUGCCACCAGCAGAAAGGGGUCUCCAUUCCUGGGCACCUGGAGAUCUCAGAUGAAUGCCAGGAUCUCCUGAAAAGCCUCUUGGAACCAGACAUGAUCCUGAGACCUUCCAUUGAAGAAGUUGGUUGGCACCCAUGGCUGGCAAACUCCUGA